AUGUCUGAAGACUCAUAUCAAAUAACCGCGCCCCCGUCCAUGAAGCGGAUCCCGAAAGCGUGCAGUGCAUGUCGACAAUCCAAGGUGAAAUGCGACGGCAAAAAGCCCUGCACAAGAUGCGAGAAGCUGAAGAAACAGUGCGUGUUCUUCGAAAUCCCGAAGGAUCCGGCGACGGAGCGAAUCGAGUCUGUUGAGUCUGAAGUCCGCCGGCUGCAGGACCAGCUCGAGGAGAUGAAGCAGAUGAUCAGCGCUCGCUCGCAGCAGGCUCUAUCCGGAUCAGGGGUUGGUGCUGGUUUAUCUGUAUCUGUGCAGCAGCCCAGUGUAUCUCCGCCGCAGGUCGUGGGUGAUGGCGCUGAGUUCCUGGCGCCUGAUGUGCGGGUACCUGCUGUUCAGCGGCUUCAGGACCUCCAGGGCGAUGUGUAUCGUCCCCCGAAGAGGAGACGGACUGGCUUUGAGGUUCGAGAGGAGCCGAUCUCGGAUUUUAUUAGCAAGGGUCUUAUUACGAUGGAUUACGCGGUGGAGUGUUUUACGACGUGUGACAGGUAUAUCCCGAUAUUCGAUCCCAAGCACGAUACAUUCCAGUCGGUGCGAUACCGAAGCAGCAUCCUAUUCAAUGCUAUAUGCACAAUCGGCAGCCGAGUUCAUUCCAAAACCGGCGCCCAGCUAUCGGAAUUGCUGCAAACCGAGCUCAAGAAGUGGAUCAAUGUCGUGAUUCAGAACGAAACGCUGAACUGCCUUGAAUCUGUGCAGGCACUCCUGGUAAUCGCCUGUUACUCCGCUGAGCGCUCCCUCAUGCUCUCGUUUGCGACGCGCAUGGCGCUUGAUUUGGGUCUUGACGAAGGGUUUGAGGAGCUCACUCAUCGGUUGACCAUGAAGGACGUAGACGGGUCACCGAAUACAGAUGAUGUGGUUGAAGAGAACGGGCUGAUGCGCAAGUCAAGAACGUGGUUUGGGCUCUUGGUUUUGGAGCAUAUAUUCAGCUUGGACGGUGGGAAACCACCGGGCAUUCGCAUGACGGGGAAUGCACGGCGGUGUCGCAAGCUACUCCAUCAACCUUCGUCGACGGUCUUGGAUCUCCGAUUAUUGUCGCAAGUCGAGGUACUACAUAUCAAUGAAACACUAGGUGGCAAGAUACCCCUGGCUCGUGCCGAUAUUGCAGCUUUCGUACAAGAAGCUAAGCUUGACCUUGACUUGUGGUUUGAGGCAAUGUCUCCGGUCGAACGAAAGAUCCUUCUAAUGGCAAAAGCCAGCGCGCGCAAACACCUCAGCCUGAUGACAGUCGAGCAUGACUCAUACCUCGAGAAGCUCAAGUAUGCGAUGGAUUUCGUCUGGGCGAAAUGCGCAUUCUGUUUUCUGCUUCUGCUCAAACUUUCCAGACUCCUGUCAGAGGGGAAAGAAGAGCACGAGGAACUCCUAACCCAUGGGAACAGGUUGCUGGAAGACCUGACGAAAAGCGUCUCAAAUAGCAACGCCGCUAGUAAUGGCAAUGCCUAUCUCCAGAUUCUUCGUCUCAGCAUUGAAAAGUACGGUCGCACUCUUCAGGAGAGUGGCCUUGGUGAUGAGGGCGAAAGUGCGGACUCGGCCCCGUUCUGGGAGCUGUUCGAUGCGCAAACUGAGUUGACCUCGUUUGUGCCAGAGCAGUUCGUCAGCGAGUGGGAUUUUCCAGGCCUGAAUCUGUUCUAUUUUCCCACGACGUGGCACGACUUUUUCGCGGACUUUUCGUUGGCAGUCUAA